UUUUUUUUUUUUCAAUAUAACCUUUUUGAACCUUUGUGAUUCUUUUUUGUAUGUGUAAGAGGGGCCAAUUUAGCUAUUGUCUUACAAGUUUAUUAUUCAUCCGAGUGCCCGAUAAUAGCUUAUGAAGACCUAGACUUGCGAUAUAGCAUGGUAUAUUAGCCUACUUAAUGUAGCGGAGACUAUCAGUAAUUUGUAAGACAUAUAUACUCAAACACUUUAUCAUUCACACAUUGAAAGAAGAGGUUCAGUUGACGUUGAAAGACCGUGGAAAGGUCGUUCAGCGUUCAAUAACGAAGAAAAAAAAACUUUAACUCUAAUGAAUACUUUGGUACAUCAACAGUCGCCAACUAUGAUUUGAACCUGUUAGAGGACAGUGAAUAUUCUUUUUGUACACAAAGUAAACAAAAAUAUAAACCGACAAGAGUUUCUUAACGUUUGACAUGACUUUCUCUCUGGCUCAGGCAUUUUUCUUCCCUUUUGAAGUCGCAUUUCCCGUUUUUUUAAUCUCGAACUUUUUGUUCUUUCUCGUUUCUAAACUAUCUGCAACCUUAUACUUUUUUGCCCCUUUCCAUUUUCAAAUUCAGUCAGAACUUAGAAAAAUAAAUUGCUUCAGAUUUUUUGGGCUCAUGACAGGCAAUCUAAGAUGGCACUCAUGUUCAACGGAUGACUUUCCUUUAAAGCGUCAUAAAGUGUCAAAAGCAUGUGAGACAUGUAGAAAUAAAAAGAUGAGAUGUGAUGGCAAAUUUCCCUGCCAACGAUGUGAGCAUAAUAAAAUCAGCUGUAAAUACAAUGAUAAACCAGCCAAAAUGCGUACGACGAAACAGCGGCAAACGCUGAUACCGACAGCAACGCCUUCAACAUCUUCUAUUUCUUCCUGUGAGAAUAAUAAAGUAUCAAUUGCAUCUAAAACUUAUAGUGCCAAUAGCACCGUUGCCAUCACAGCCACCAAUACUACCACCAUCAGUACGACAGCAAUCAGAACGACAGCAACUAGUGAGGUAGGCAGUGAGCACGAAGGCAUAUGUAUAAGGAAUGAUCUGUUUGAAACAAUACUAUCUGAUGCGCCACAAAGCAAUACUUCUCACAACUCCUUCUCACCGCCGUUGCUACUUGAUUUUUACAAUCUAACAGCUCGACCUGAAGACAUUUGGACAUGCUUUUCAAACAUUUUCGAAAAAUUUUGCAGCUUGCAUCAGCACAACGAUUACUACAAUAGUGUGACAGUCCAGCAAAUGCAGUCGAAGAACGAUCUUGUAAAAGAAGCCAUCAAGCUAUUUGUAACACAUAACUUACUUUAUGGCGCCUUCAUUCGUGCUCAGCUUCUAUCAUUUGUUGUACACAGCAACACCAUGUACCUUUAUUUGCAAAAGAAAGAAGAAAAAGAAUUAUUUCCGGACAAUAGUCUAUUUAUGAUGGACGAAAGCUCGUCCCCAUCACAGUCUCCAGAAUCAUUCCCUUUCGAUAAAAAGCAUCACCAACGACAACAGCAGCAUCAGCUGCAGCAUCAACUGCAAUGCACCUCUGUACUUCUCAAUAGCAUUUUAGCAUUGACUUUUGGAACAGCGUUUCGACAACAGGCUUUUGUUCACGAUUUACACAAAAAAAAACUUUUACAAAGUUUUGCUUUCAUGCUUUAUAGAAGAGCGCGGCAACAGUUUUUCGAGCAAUGUUUUUCAAUUGAUGCGAAAAGCUCAAUAUUCUCAACCUUCGGGUCAGAGUACAUCAUUCAAAGUUCCAUUUUAUUGGCCCAAUUUCAAUGCCAAAUAAUGAACAAUCCAAAGCAGACCUCUUUAAUGAUAAAUUUGGGGUUCGAUCUCUUGAAACAAACCUAUCUGGAUAGCCCUAUCUCUCACGCGAGCCGUAACGCUAUUAGCUGCGGCAAAAUAAAAUCUAAUAACAAAAACGAACGUGAGAUGCAUGAUUGUAUGACCAUUCUCUCAAAAAUUCUCGACGCGUGGCGCACUUGGCUUAUGAUCUAUUCUUCAACAAUUAUAACUGCAUUGCCGAGUUUCCCUUCAGAAUUGUCGACGACAAAAGAGGCAGAUAACGCUCAACAUUCUGGCAUUUCUUCCAAUGAAUCGGAACUCCUUCGAAAGACCAUAGCAACAAAAAUAUCCUUUGCUCAUCUUUCUAAAGAUCAGAACUGGGCGCUUCAAAUAGUUGACGCCUAUAAUCAGUUCCUCAAAGCGAUUUUGAUGAGAAAAAACAAUCAUAAACUAAAUGUUAAUGCAUUAAAGCCCGCUUUAAAGGAGAUAUCCAGGAUGCUUAGAAUAAAUUGCGGCUCAUUGCCGUCUCCACCCGAGGAGCAGAAUGAAACAGAAGGAGGCAAUAGUAGUCCUUAUACCAAUUAUACCCUACAACUCUAUCAUUAUACUUUAACAUUACAAUGCUUUUUACCUCAUAUUAAUCUUGUCAAAAUAGAAGAGAAAUUCUUAUCGAUGAACAAGAGCAUUAAAUCAAGGCAGAGUUCUCCGAGCACAAUUUCAAGUGAUUCUAUGCUGUCCUUGUCUACUACUAGUCCUUCAGUUGAGCUAACAGAACAUGAACUACAGCAGCAGCAAGCAGAGAAUGAUACUUUAACCUCGAACUUUUGGAAAAAUGACAUGCACAAUAUCGGCCUCUGUGUGCAAGCCUCGAGCAAUAUCCUUCAAACCCUUGACCACUCUUCCGAAUUUCUUCAACACGAUACUACACUGAGUAGCACUUUGUUAUCCAGCAUAUUCUAUUCCGUCAGUCUGAUAAUUCAGUUUCUAUUGACACUACAAACGAGCAAGGAGCUGAUGGUCAGAAUCAGGCAAACAGUGAUGGCUGCUCAGAAGAAUCAAGCUCUCCAUUAUGAAAGAGAGGAAGAGAGAGAAUUGGCUCCAAUUGCUCAUUUAUUUAAACAACUGAGGACAAUGCUUACAACCAGCCCUCCAGAAUCUUCGCGCCAUCCAUUUUUUGAAGCUUUAUGGGACAGACUUUCGCAUAGCAAUUGGGGCUUGAUAGAAAGCCAGUACCAUAAUCUACUUAAUCAACAGCAAAAAGAUAAUAACGAUAUGCAUAACAAUACAUCUUCUUUAUCACCUUCACCUCCGCUCUCGCCAAAAGUGGAUAGUUCCGCAGUGGGAAGAAGAACAGAACAGCAAUAUAUACAGCAGCACUCUAUGCCCUCUACUUCUACUACCACCAUGACUAUAGCGUCAAAUACUUCUAGUGCUAAUUGCACAAGCGAACCAGUAGUAGCGGGGUUAUCCAACUAUAUUCCUGAUGUUGGCAAUCUGAUGUCCAACGAUAUUAUAGUGACAGAUUGCAACAGUGCGAGUGCUAAGGUAGCCUUAGACCAUAUGAUGUCUAUUCCGCCGCCUCGAGCGGAUAUUGAUAAGGAGCAAUUAGAAAAACUGUCUUCCCAUCGGUUUCCAUCUUCCACUUCAAUUCUUAACCAGCAACUGCAAAUGCAGCAACGACAGCAAUAUCAGCAAUAUCAACAAUACCAGCAACAGCAACUCAUGCUGCAACAACAGCACCUAAAGCAUGGUUUAAAUGCUUUUACAAUACACCAAAAUAAUCAGUACGCUGUACCACCUAUUGUUUCGAAUAACUCAACCAAUUACAUGUUCGAUAGUAGGUAUAUGUCUGGUGCACCAACUCCAUUUCCUACCUCUCCAGUGGAUGGAGCGUCAAAUACUUCUACCUCGGUGAGCAAUGAGUAUUACUUCUUUCCACCACCAUCAAAACGCUCUUUAAAUAGUCAACAAUUGCAAGAAUACAACAACUACAAUAGCCUGCAGCCUCAUGAGCCGUCUAGUAAACGUUUGAGGUCUGACACACUAGCUUCCUACGAACAAUUUAUGCCAUCCACAACAAAUCAGCUCAACGUUGAGCAUGCUAAUUCGACAGCCAGUACUACAGAUGCAGCCUUAAUGUACUGGAUGUUAGAUGGUGGCGCUGGCGGAUCAUCUUUUUAUCAACCCAAUACAGCGACAACUACCACUGCUGCACAACAGCAAGAACUACAACAGCAGCAACUCCAGCAACAACAGCAACAUAGGGUAAACAAUACAAAAGAACAUGCGCACCAACAGCAAUCAAUGCAGACUACCACAGCUACAUCCAAAAGUAAUAGUUCCUUGCGUCUACUCACACAUCAGCCGCCACCCUUACUCGAGCAUGAGCCUGAAACUGCUACCACAGUCACAGUGCCGAUGAUUAAUAGUAAUGCCAACAAUAUAACAAAGUUACCCUUACCACAACCUUCUUUAAAGUCUAUCACAAUGCCGCUUAAGAGUUGGUCUUCAUCAGCACAUGCACCCGCACAAACUUGGUCUAAGUUCUUUUUUGCUUCUGAAGUUCAGACUCUACAUUGCCAAACCCCUCCACUUAUCAAUUUUGAGCCGUCCACUGCGAAUACGACUACUACGGCUAACCCCACUACUUUUCCAAUAAGCUUAAGGGUAAUCAAUGAGGACGGUCAAGAACAAUUAUCCCCAACUACUCCCGAUACCACUACUCUAUCUACUACAGUCAGUCCCCACCAUCAGCACCAACGUCAGCACCAUCACCAUCGACACAAGAAUUUCACCUAUCCCACGCAUACUAGUCAUACUACUACAAUUUUUAAUAACAACAGUAAUAACAAUAAUAGAAGUAACAAUCUCCAUCCUCAGCAUAACCAUUCUCAACAUCAUCAUUCUCAACAUCGUCAUAGUAUUAUUUCGGAUAAAAGCAGCACUAGUAGUCAUACAAGUACGGCUACCAAUUUACUUCAUACAACGACAGAAGCCACUCCAAAUACUGUAGUAGGAGCUUCUACGGAAGCAGCCGAAGCCGCAGCAGCGGCAGCAGCAGCAAUGUGGGUAUCCACUGCAGCAGCCGUAGCAGCAAGUCAGCAACGGUCACAACAACAAAAGCAACCUCAUCAGUAUGGUCACACUAGUAAUAGUAAUAGUAAUAGCACUCAUCGUUAUCAACAUAACAAUAUGAAUGAUCCAUAUUAUAGAUCCCAACAGCAUUCUCACUAUAACAGUAACACUACUAGCAGAUAUGUUGAACAGCAACAGCAACAGCAGCAGAAACAUAAGGUAGCCACAGGUCAUUGGAUCAAUUCGGAAAAAGUCGACGAUGAUGAAUAUUGGGAAUAGUAACAACGCAUUGUAGAUAUUUUUUUUCUAUUUGCUUCCUUGUUUAAAAAAAGGAGAAAAAAAAAAAAGAAAAA